GCAGCCGUGCAGAGAUCCAAGCUCAGCUCCAAGGAUUGCUAAGCGAAGAUCAUCACGUGAUGUCAUGUGACCACCGAGAGAUGGCGAUGACGCGGGCGAAUAAUGCCGGGCCCCCGAUCGGUAAAUGAACGCUGCUUUUGUUGCUGCUGCCUCUGUUCCUCAGUCUGAUAACCUCGAGUUUUCUUCUAUUCACACUCAACAGACCUGAAUCAGCUCAUCCACGUACAUCUGAUGGCCGAAGACUCCAGCCAGGACGAGUCCUCCUCGACUCAGAACCCUAACGGGAAGCAGCACGUCAGCUAUCGUCGGGCGCGGGCCUCGAGAGCCUGCGAAGUCUGUCAUUCGCGAAAGGUCCGCUGCGAUGUCACAAACCGCAUGCCAUGCACCAACUGCGUUGCGUUUGGAUGCGAGUGCAAGAUCCCUGACGCUCGUCGUCGCAAGGUCUCAGAUCAUUCAUCCACAAAGCGCGAAACAGAUAUAAUCAGCAAAUCUCUCUCGUCAGUAGACGUCUCCAGAGCUCCCAGCGAAAGCCUCGAUGUUGUGUCCACUCCGGCCGGAGCCAGUCGACGGAGGCGGAAAGACACGCUGGAAAGCGGAGGUGGUCACGAAUCAGGCGACGAUGGCGACGACGAAGACGACGGUGACGAUAUCGAGAAGCAGCCUGACCCUCAGCAGAUCCUACCCCCCAAGCGGACUAGAAAGCCAGACGAACCAGACGACAAGCAGUCGAAAAAACGCAAGGAGGGUCCGCAACGGGUCGGUGGAUUGGCGGCGGCGACACUGAUCACAGCUGGCCAGAAUACCACCGAGACAGCCGACGCUUGGAUCAACAUGCUCUCCUCACAUACUGCAGGCACAAGCAGUGUACGCCGGUCUGGAAGAGUCGCGUAUCUCGGCUCGUCGUCGAAUCUGAGCCUGCUUGUACAAUCCAAAGCGGGCGACACCGAGGUUUGCCACUACCCGCUCCCAGACGAGCUGCGCGUAGGUUCUGCGCGCUUGAACGAGCUUGAUCCAGAGGAGAUCGAGAUCCUGAACCGCCGUGGCGCGUUCCUGCUUCCUCCCCGCGAUAUCUGCGACGAGCUCAUCGAGUGCUAUUUCGCGACCAUCCAUCCGAUCGUGCCGAUGAUCAACCGGACGCAGUUCAUGCGCCGCUACAACGAUCCAAAAGAUCCGCCUUCGCUAUUACUUUUGCAAGCAGUCCUCCUCGCUGGAACCCGUGUCUGUCGUAACCCUGCGUUGCUGGAUAACCAAGGGUCAGCCGACCUAGCGAGCUUGACAAUCUACAAGCGCUGCAAGGCGCUCUACGACGCAAACUACGAAGACGACAGAAUCUCGAUCGUGCAGUCGCUCAUCUUGCUGGGAUGGUGGUGGGAGGGACCCGAGGAUGUGACGAAGAACGUCUUUUACUGGACCCGCGUCGCCCUCUGCGUCGCCCAGGGUUUCGGGCUUCAUCGCAGCGUUGAAAAGUCCCAACUCAGCGUUGUCGACAAGCGUUUGUGGAAACGUCUGUGGUGGGUCUUGUUUAGUCGAGAUAGAAACGUCGCAAUCGCCCUCGGCCGACCGGUGCUGAUCAACACAGAUGACACAGACGUUCCUAUGCUUACUGAGGAAGACUUCAUAGAAGAAGAAGGACCUGGCCCCUACGAGUAUCCGCCCAACACACUACACGUGCAGCACUUUAUCCAGUCGCUGAAGCUGUCGGAAAUCAUGGGGCUGGUCUUACGCCAGCAAUUCUCCGUCGCGUCCGAAAACUCGAGAUCAAACAACCGUAGCCCGGAUAUCACACAUUCCGACAUGGCCCUUGGCGCGUGGAUGAACAAUCUUCCCCAGGAGCUACGGUACUACGUCAACGAGCCAGAGUCGCACGAUUUUUUCAAAGCUCUGCUUCAUCUGCAGUACUACACCGUUCUCUGCUUGCUGCACCGGACCAACAUGUCGCAGUCCAAACCGCAGCUGUCGUCGGUCGGAAGCAGCUAUCUGACGUCUUAUCCCUCGCGGGGGAUUGCGUUCCAGGCAGCACAUAUGAUUGCCCGCAUUGUUGAAAACAUGAUGAACCGACAAGAGUUGCGCAACGCGCCCGCGUUCACGGUGUAUACACUCUUCUCUGCGAUGAUUAUGUUUGUCUACCAAACCAAGUCGCACUCGCCGCAAGUCGUCCAGGGUGCCCAGCGCUCACUGAAGAUCUGCAUGGGUGCUUUGGAAGAAGUUGGCAAGUCGUGGAUGGUGGGCCGCAUGAUUCUGCGGCUGUUUGAAAAGAUUAACGAAAACAAGCAAAUGAAGGACCGCAUCUUCCGUGCCGUGAAUCCGCGCCCGCUACCGCAGCACCAGCACAACAGCAACAGCAGCAAUAACGGCGUACAUAGCUCAAACCUGUCUGCCUCGUCGUCGAUGCAGAGCUCGGGAAGCAGCAGCGGCACGCAAAGCCGCAGCACAAUCGCAAUGCCGCGACCUUCGUACGCAACCACGACGACGUCUACGCUACCGUUCGACUCGCCUGCCGCGCCGGUUCCGAAUAUCUCGUACGAGCGCACGACCUCGCGGCCGUCUACCCCUGCAGCUGCGCCGUCGCCGCUCAUCCCUGGCCAGUCCAGGAGUCAGCAGCAAUCCCACGAUAGUGCGAGCCACUACUUUGCUUCGCGGGGAGUGAAUUCCACGCCUUCCGGCGCAACUCCGUUCCAGUCAAGCGUCUCCGUGCCCGGCACGCCACCAGAUUUCUUCUUUGUCACGCAUUCGCCACCGCUAUCGCAGACCUUUGUCGAGAAUUUCCAGCCCUCGCAGCUCUUCCCUGAAGACCAAAUCGCCGCCUUGCUACAGCAGCAGCGGCAGCGACAGCAGCCAAAGGACUCUUCGGCCUUGUCAUCCGACAGCGUUAAACUUGAAGACGGCGAGGCGCUCAGCGUACCAAACGGCUCGGAAGCACAGACGUGGUCGGCUUCAAUGACCGGCGUGGGCGAGAUCGCAAAUGCGCUGGAUUUACUGGCCGACAUUGACGUCGACCAGAGCACCCCUGAGGACGGCUCCAACGCGUCCGUCUCCGGCGCCGCGGGCCUGAGCAGUUCCGGCCACGCGACAGGGGCCACACCUGACGCUGCCGAGACCGCGGCGGCGAACAUGGCCGCCGUCGAAGGCGGUACGCAUUACGCUGGUGUUCCGAGCGCGGCCAGCGCGGGGGCGCCGAACUCGUUGAAUAUUGGGGACUGGUAUAAUUACCUGAUGACGAACGGGGCGACGGAAGGGUUUGGCGAGGAGAUGGCCGAGUUGGCGCAGGCGCGUGGGUUGACGUCGUUUUGAUGAGGUGGUGUUGAAUGAGAAGAAGAGUAACGUGUAUGCCUUGAUUAGGGAAUGGUGCUGUAUUAUAUGGGAGGAAUAUGGUAUUUUCCUUGUUUUGUGAGCUGAACGAAAGCUUUAUACGCUACUACAACGAGCUCAGUCGUUUCUUUUCUUUUGUCAAUUUUGUUUUUUUUGCGAAGUCACCCACGAGGUGUCUUUUCUCUGUACGUGACGUUGGUAACUUCCGGCUGUAAUUCCUUUCUUUUGUCUUUGUUUUGUGUGUUUUGAAAUAUUGUUUUGCUGCUGGGCAGUGAUGUGGUCUGUAAUUCUUGGGUCCGGUAAAUGAGAGUCACAACUGUAUUGUAUAAGAUAGAAAAUUCUAUGA